AUGCAUGAAAAUAAGUUAGUCGUUCUUGGCUCAGUAGGUGUUGGAAAGUCUGCACUGGAACAAUUUACAGCAAUGAGGGAUUUGUACAUGAAAAAUGGGCAAGGAUUUGCAUUAGUUUAUUCCAUCACGGCACAGUCCACUUUUAAUGAUUUGCAAGACUUGAGAGAACAGAUUCUUCGAGUUAAGGACAGUGAUGAUGUUCCAAUGAUUCUGGUUGGUAAUAAGUGUGACUUAGAAGAUGAAAGAGUUGUAGGAAAGGAGCAAGGUCAAAAUCUAGCACGACAGUGGAACAACUGUGCAUUCUUAGAAUCUUCUGCAAAGUCAAAAAUAAAUGUUAAUGAGAUCUUUUAUGACCUAGUGCGGCAAAUUAACCGAAAAACUCCUGUGCCUGGGAAGGCUCGCAAAAAGUCAUCAUGUCACCUGCUUUAA